AUGGCGUCCCGCGACUGGAACGCAGAGUUCCAGACGCUGCUGGAGCUGCCGGUGGCGACGCCGCAUGAGCGGCUGGUCCGCGCCGCGCGUCUGUACGCGCUGACCUCGACGUUUGCCGAGACGGCGCAGGCCAUUGCGCGGAUCAUUGUGGACGAGGCCGGGCUGCCGCAGGGUGCGCCGCGGCGGAUUCUGCCGGCGACAGAAGCCGGCGGCGUUGCCGGUGGCGAAAAGUACGUGGUGGCGUCGAUGUUCUUCAAGUUUGCGACCGACUCGCACGGUAUCUACGCUGGCGCACAGUUUGCCAUCGCCGCGGCCGGCCUCGAGCUCGAAGGCCUCCGGGCCUUCCUGCACCUCGACAUGCCUGACCUCCACUUUCCGCUCAUGACCAUCCUCGACUACCGCGGGCAUCGCAUCAUUGCGUCGUCGCUGCUCCCAAUCGACGGCUCGGCCUCGCUUAUCUACGGCUCGGACGACGGCGCCAUCACUGUCCACGACGAUGAUCCGGUGUUUAACACCAUCAUGGCGGCGGCGGCCGAGCUGCUCAAUCUCGCGCCUCAUCCUGUCGGUCGCGCCCCGCCGUAUACCACCAUCUGUGGCCCGGCCGACAUCGAGGGCCACCGCGGGAGCGACGGCAAGUACUACCUCCUCGACACUGCGCGCGUCUUCCCGCCAGAGGAGCCGUCGGAUACCGCUGUCGGCAUGCUCAUUCCUCCCGGUCCUUGGCGCGAGGCUAACGCAUCCAUCACCACCAUUGAGGUCCUCAUCGCGUCGUGGAACACCGAGGUCCUCGCCAUCCUCUCGCCGCAGGCCUCGACAGCGCCAUCGGCCUCGGUCUCCAUGGUGGUUGCCGGCGAGCUUGUUGUUUGCUUCACCGGUGCUGGUGCUGUCAACGAGGUUGCUUCGGCACUCGCCGACGGCAUCAUCCGCGGCCCGGCCGUCGUCCUUGUCGCCCUCCGCGGUUCAGUUCUCUACCGCCACCUCCCGGCCAACCUAGUGGCCGGAUACACGGCGUCGCCGCUCUCGUCUGAUGCGUUUACUGGCUUUGGCCGCGCAGACGCCGCCGUCUACAACGCAAAUGUCCGCCUCGCCACCGCACACUUGCGUGGUAGUGUUCUGCCCGAGUUUGUCGCCCGCCUCGAAAGCGCCUCGGUCCUCCCGGUCUCAGGCCACCAGAUCACCCAGUGGAUGGAAGAUCUUGGCAUUCCCGAGCGCUACCUCGGCCUUGUCCGCAUCUCACUCAAGUCUGAGGUAGUCGCGUCGCUCGUUCUCACACACAUGGUGGCCAUUGUCACUGCGCGUGCGCUCAACACCAAGAUGCGCCAGUGUUUGGACCCAUCGCCGCGGGCAGUCAUCGCACUUGCUGUCACCUACCUCAACACCGUUCUCGGCUCGUCCGAGGUCUCGACGUUCUUUUGGACCUCGGAGAUCAAGGUCCGCUUGCACAUCUCAUUUGGCCUCUACGGCUCGAUUCUCUCCGGAUCCGAGUCCGAUCCAAAGACCUCACUCGUCUCGCGGAUCUCCAAGCUCGCGCUCUUUGACACCGUUACCCGGCUCACAGGCGUGGCCUUUGAUCCUGCCGUCCGCUCGGCCGCACAGUCCGAGUCCCGCGCCACCUCGCUCACUGUCCGCACUGAGGGCCUCUUUCGGACCAAGGACCUGGCUCGCUACUUUGCGCCGGUCAUCGACGACGCCGCGCCAACAGCUCCUCCAAGCGAAGACGCGUCUGAUGCGCUCAUUGCCCGCCUCCGCGCGAGACACCGACUCGCAGUCGAGUCGCUGAGUGCGUCGGCGCCACUCGCGCUUGGCUCCGCGCUCGACGCCGCGCUGGCUGACAACGAUGCCGCGCUGGCAGCACAGGUCCUGGCAAGCGUCGAGGCGCCGGGUGCACCGCCGCUGCCGCUCGAGGUCGUUGUUGGCGCGUACUACGUCAAUGGCGUGCUCGAGCUGGAGGCUGCUCACAUCGAAGACGCUGACCGGCAUCUCUCGCUUGCGCUCGCUGCGCUCGAGCUCGGCACGGUUGCUUCACAACAUCCGCUCGGCCUUCUUAUCUUUGAAGCGCUCACCGUACUCAACGACGCCACUGGCAACAGGGUCCUGGCUGCCGCGUACUCGAAUCAGUUCUGCAAGCUCUGGAGCUCUUUUCCUCUCCUGGGCGACCGCGACGAUUUUACCCGCCACUUCCGAGGGCGCGUCUAUCCGCUCGCCUACUCUGUCGCAGCUGAGCUCGGCCUUUUCCGCCCUUCUGACACGGACUGGUCUGAUGACCGGGUUCUCAAGGUCCGUCGCCAGCUAGGCAAGCCGUCCAACACGGUGCAAGUGGAGCAAUGGCGGGAUGCGGUCUCGUUUGCAUCAACUGCCACCGGCAUUGACCUCGAUGCCCGUGGUUUGACCACCGAUGUCCUCGCCCGGUUUCCUCUCGAGGUUGCCGGUCACUCGUCGGUUCUUAAUGCGUUGAGCACUGCUACACACGCCGGUCCGCACAGACUAGUGCCUCCGCCGCAGCUGCCAGCCUCGGGGGAGUGCGGGGUAUGCAGCUCGACGGGCCGCUUUCUCUCGACGUUCUGCCGUCAUUGCAUGUCAGCUAUGUCGUUGAUUGCUUCCCGCGGUGUGCCGAUUGUCCACUCGCGCGGCUUUGUCAUGUCGGGUCGGCUCAUGGCGCUCUCGCCGCGGUUUUACGGCUACGGCCGUGACCGGAUCGGUCCUGUCGGAGGCGCGAUGUUGUCGAUAGACAUGGCGUCGACUGCCUCCUCGUUUUACCUCGAGUUCACCCUUCUCUCGACACCGCACGAGUUCCAAAUUGGGCUCGCGCCCGGGAACCACGGCCUCUUCGAUCCGCUGGGUGAGGUGGAUGCAUCAUUCGGGAUCGACCUAAUCGGCGGAAAGCUAAUCUCGCCUGUAGCGGGGCUCGCAGGUGCCUCCUCAGCACGGCUGGCAGCCUGCCCGCUGCCGGUGGGCACCGUCAUCGGUAUCGGAUUCAACGCGGCGAACGAGCGGUUUGUGUUUUCGCUGGACGGCGAGGUCGAGCCAGCGUUUGACCUUGAUCUGGCGCCACUGCUUGCCGGCGACGGGCAGCCGCACCAAGUUGCGUUCACCACCCGCGGUCGUGGUCCUCCCAUUUGGCUUGCGCUGUCGGGCGAUGCACGGGUGCCGGCAGGCGGGCUGGCUGCUGCGGGCGCGGCCACCGCCUGCGGUGUCACUGUCGACGCGUCUGUGAACGCGAACCUGAUGCGGGUGCAGACGCUUCCGACGGCACUUGAAAUGUGCGACGGAUGCGAAGCUCGAGAGCCGCAACCGUGUGUCGCAGUGUGCGGGCCGUGCACUCGUGAAACGCUGCUCAAUGUGGCAGGCAGCAGUUUGCGGCCGGUGCUGGUGCGCCUGGCUGAGAUUGCAUGCGAUUCGCUGCUCUGCUCUCAAUGCGAGCGGCUCAUCGGGCAGUUCCGUGGCGUGUGCGCAAGCUGCCCGUCGACUGCGCUCUGCAAAGCGUGCACUGUUGCCUCGCUGCAUGAUCCAACCCACGUGCUGUACGUAGAGGCACCCGCAAAAUGCGGCGCCCUUUUGAGGCACAGCAACGUGCGGUGCGACGGGUGCCGGAUCACCGACUUGGCCGGGACGCGGUACAAGUGUCGCGAGUGUGCAGACUUUGAUCUCUGUGAAGCGUGCCAUGCCAAGGGUGCUGGCGUGGAGAGCGGCAGCGAGCACACCUCGGAGCACACCUUUACUGCCAUUCCGCUCCCGAGCGUGCCGCCGCUGCAGCUCGCGCCGUCGUCACUCGUGUGGGGCCUGGGGCCGACCGUCCGCUCCGACGAGGGCGGCAGCUCAGCGUACGGCAAGAUGACGUGCAUGCGUUGCGAAGAGCACAUUGUGGGUGGAGCGGCCUUUCUUGCGUGCAGGACUGCGAUCAGCUCCCUUCACUCGCAGUACGACAACGCGCGUACAUGCCACACGGUGAUGUGUGAAGCGUGCGUGAGCGCGGAGCCGGAUCGGAUGUUUUUCCACAUGUGCUCGAUGUCGUUGCCAAGCAACAGGGAUGCCUUUCCGGGCGUGCGCAUUGGGGACAGGCUUAGCCAACUUCCACACAUGCCGGUGCUCCCGGACCUUGGCCUCGAGACGACCACGUUUGCGGUGACGCCUUUGGCGACGUCGGCGGCAAGCAUCGAGUGCAUCCGAUGCGAGCUGCCUAUCCAGACUCAUGUAGGGUUUGUGACCUCGAUUUCGCGGCCGCCGCUUGAGCGGUGCCUGUGUAGCAACUGCUUUAUGGACAUUGCGAACGGUGAGCGCAUGUCGCGGAGUAGCAGCCAUCGGUCGGAUAUGACGCCGGCACUCUGUCUCCCGCGCGACCUGUUGCGGUCAACGCUGAUUACUGCUGUGCAGGGCCCGCUUGAGUAUGGUGCUCCGGCGCUGCCGUCUGUGGAGAACGUAGUACUGCCGAAUCCCAUUGUCCACGAGCAGACUGGAGUGCCUACGGCGGUCCCGCUGGUGUGGGGCGAGUGGUUUGCGACAGGCUCCUCGCGGUCGAAUCUUACUACGUUCAAGACACCAUCGCUUGUGGCUGGACUCAUCGGAGCGCCGGUGGUAGACGUGGCUGCGUUUGAUCGCGGUGCGGUGUUUGUGGUGGGGAGCGAGAACCGGCCCGAGGUCAACAGCGUGUACAUUCUGGGCGACAAUCCGGUGCUUCUUGCGUCGUGCAACGUGUUGUACAGCCAUGUUCCGCUGCCGCUGGUGGGACUGGCGGGCAAAGGUGUGGUGCAAGUUUCUGUCGCGCCGCACGGCGCCAACGACUUUGACCGCGAGUGGAAGCAGUCUGUGUCUGUCCAUGCCACCCAUGCGCUAGCGCUCACAGCGUCUGGCAAGGUCUUCUCGUGGGGCUCGGGUGGGAUGGGGCGACUUGGACAUGGUGACGAUCUGCCGCGCAGCUCGCCACAGCUCAUCAAGGCCAUCCAAAAGCUGCGUAUUGUGCAGGUCGUGGCUGGCUACAAGGCGUCGCUGGCGCGGAGUGCGACAGGCGAGGUCUUUGGAUGGGGCUCGAAUGAGCAGUGCAAGCUCGGCGCCCCGCGAGAGACCAAGGCGUUUGCACUGCCUGUCGCGCUGGACAUACUCGCGCCGCUGGUGAUGACCGACAUGGCCAUUGGGUGCGAGGCCUGUGUCUUUCUCUCUGCAGGUGGCAAUUUGUAUGUGCUGGGGCGCGGGAGCGAGCGUCCGGCGCGGAUCAACGUGACGCCCGCGACGAUCGAGACUCGGUUUGUGGCGGUCUCGCAAAACGCCGCGGUGUCUGCAAGUGGCGAGCUGUACGUGUUUGCGCACCGAUCGCGGCGGAUGGUUGGGGUCGGCGUCCAGCGAUCGAGGCAGUUUCCGACCAAGGUCUCCCUGCAUACGCCAGGCACGCCGCGUGGACACCCGCCGCAGCGCGUGGUGGCGGUAGCGUCGUCGGACGGGGCCGCGCUGGUGGUGACGGCCGAUGGUGCGGUCUUUGGUGCCGGCUCGACACAUAUAGCGGUCGCGAUUCCACACGCCACGUCCUCGCUUCUGUUCCGGCAGAUCAAUGUGGGCCUCGUGCCCGCGCUGAGAGUGGCCAAGGCAAGCGUGGCCGGGAAUGUAGCAGUGUUGGUGGCGACAGGCCGUGGGCCGCACGAGCCGGUGUCUGCGUUAGCAAUCGAUGACGCGCGGCUGGCCGAGGCGCUGGCUGCCGAGAACGCGCUGAGCGCGAAUCGGAUGCUGCAACUCGUGUCUGUCACUGUCACGCCGCCGUCGGGCAGAGGGCCGCCGCUUGUGGUGUUGGUGCUUGAGCACAACCACGUUCAUUUUUAUCCGAUCACGACGACAGUGCGGUACUGGAUUGAGGUAUGGAGCAUGGCCGGCGAGCUGAUGGAGCGCAAGGAUCUGUCUUCAAGCCGUACCGCGCUGGUGUCGGACCGGAACGGAUGCAACCUGCGACUCAAGCUAGACGAGGGCAGGUACCGGGUGCUGUACUACCACGCGAGCAAGCAGAUCGACGCAAUGCCGAUGCUCAAGGCCGAAAUCGAGUUUGACGUCGUCGACACCACGACGCGGGAGAGGGAGGCCAAGGCAGCAGCCAAGGCUGAGGCCAAGGCGGCGCGCGAGGCGGCGCGGGCGGAGCGCGAGGCGGCGCGGCGCGCAGCCGAUCUCGAGCGGCAGCGCAAACGCGAAGCCAAGAUAGCAGCCGAGGCAAAGGGCGUCAAGGCGAGUGUCGAGUCGCAGGUGAGCGAGACGGUGGCCAACGUGCGGGAGGCGCAGGCUGCGGCGUAUGCACAGGCUGCGGCGCAGAUUGCAGCGCUGGCGCCGGCGCCCGCGGUGGCGGCUGGGUCAGACCACCCAGGUGCGCUGCCGCCGGACCACCCGCUUGCAUUUCUGGAUCCCGACAUGCCGUACGCGGAGAAGAUGGUGGUGGCGCAGGCGUUCUCUGGGGCGCUUCAGGCGGGGAUGCAGGCGAGCAUGGCGGCGCUGAUGGCGAGCACGCUCGAGCCGGAGAUCAAGUCAAAGGCGGCGAUGGCGCUGUCGACCAAGAUGGCGAGCGAGAUGCAGGCGCUAUUCAACAUUCCGUUUACGAUGUAAAGGCUAGUGUGCCU